ACUGCCCACAACAAACCCCACAAUUUAAAUGAUUACGUUUAGACUAAGUUUAGAAAAGGUCAACGUUGGGGUCAGGGCUUCGAUUUAAAUAAAAGUAAGAUUCGUACGCGGUCUGUUAGAAGAUAAAACAUGCCUGAAAUAGUGAACUCAGGAACAUAAUUUCCCUUUAGUGUUUUGCCUCGGGGAAACGGAUUAAAUCAGUGCCACACUCCACAAGAUUGAUAAUUAGCUUAGCUUCCUAAUUAUCAAAAAACCUCGGCUUUCUUGGAAGAAAGUAACUCGAGUGACUCUUCCAGAAUUAAGUUUUGCGGUUGUCAGGGCGACCGACCCCAGUUGCCAUGAAAGUGUGCCAGUGAAAUCUCUGCAGUCUUUUGACAAUCAUGCCAUCUAUAAUAUAAGGAACUUCAUCCAAAGAGAUCUCUUCCUUAAGACUAAAGACUGACUGAGUUCCCCUGAGCUGUACCUCUGGACUGUUACCGACCUACGUACUGACAGGACCUGCAAUCAGUCUGUAGCCAUGACUUUAAAAGUGGGACAAUGACUCUGCAGUGACAGUGAGGUCACUGUAGAGCCAGAUCAACAAGAAAAGAUGCCGGCCGUUACUGUGCCUGGCCGAUACAGUAACUGAGGUUAAAGCUCAGACCUGAGCGAGGCCACAAUUAGCUGAUAGGUGAAUGGAGACAAGAAAGAACACCGAAGCAGGGGUUGUUUUCUGGACCCCCGCCCCGAUCCGCACCUCACCAACCAGCUCUGUAAUAUCGGAGGAUGUGUGGAAGGAUGAGGAGGAAGAACCGGCAGAGAACGAUGAUGACUUUGUUAGCCAGAUGGAUGACAAUGGCAUCAUUGGACUAUCGGAAGCACUGGAGGAUGUGGAGUUGGGGGAAUCUUGUAGUGAUUCAGAUGCAGAAUGCAAUCCAAACUUGCACCCUGGACCCCUCACCCCAGAGGACACAGACCCUAGUAGGCAUGAGAGGGAUACACCCGAGGAGCUGAGUUACAACCUGAGUGAACAUCUGUCCCACACCGAAUCACCAGGAGAGGAUGCACAAAUGCUGUCACCAUUUGAAGACUUGACUGGUAGCUUAAAAGCACAGACAGUUGAUCAGGAGGUGAGGCAGAUGAAAGACAAGCAGGGGACAGAGUGCGUCCCUGAGUGGGACAAAUACUUGGACGGAGAGGAAGCAGGGAAGAGGAUUGACCCGAAGAGAAAGAAAAAUAACAACAUUGGAACAUCAAGAGAGCUUGGAACUACGAAUGACUUGGCUGAGAGCUAUAUUGCCAAAGGAGAUAUUGAGAAGAUCAGCUCUACGUUAUCUUGUAGUACUCGCCUGUUAGUCGUGGAACCCGCUACAGUCUCCAAUCAUCACUGCCAAAUAUCCCAGCCUGCCUCACCUGCCACAGCCCUCACUUUUCCCCUCCUUCGCCACUUCACUGCUGAGGAACUAGCGGCUGCUCCGGGGAUUGACGCUGAAACCUUUCCAGAGAUAAGCUUGACAGAAAGUCAUCCAGAAUCACACAGGAGCCACACAAGCCUCAAGUCCAGUCCUCAUCCAGAUGUUAAGCUCAGGGCUUCUCUUCAGCUUGCGGCCAUGUUUUCUGAAGAAGUUAUGUCCAAUCCUGACAGCGGAGUAAGUUAUGAGCCUAUAAAGGCAUCAGAUAAGUCAAAUAAGUCUCAUAAACAGCCUACUCCCUUACCAAGGAAGAUUAUGCAGCUCUCUCCUGAAGCAACAUAUUCAAGGACGCAUUCCCUCAGCACAGCCAAGGCAGAAUCCUUAAAAUUCAAACAUAAGAACCCAAAUCCUGACAGAGAGCCGAGGACACCCACAGCCAUGAAUAAUGCAGCUGAAGUGAAUGAAUCCAGAAAAGAGCCUCUGAGUUACCGCAUACCAGACUUUUCCCAGGUGGAGCCCAGGGUCCGUUUCCCCAAAGGUGGUUACAAGCCCCCCAAGAGCAAACACUCUUUCAAGAGGGAGUUCCAGUCACCUGAGCCCCCAUUACUGUUCAAAUCCCCUGCUGACAUUGUAAAAGAAAUCCUACUGAACACCACUGAUAGAUCUCCUGCCUCAUCUGACUCUUACAAACCACCAACCAGUGCCCCCAACUCCACUGUGCCUCAGGAGUUCAGAGAUCGCCAGCAGGCCACCACGCUACUCAACCAACUACAGGAUGACUACAACAGACUGCUGACUAAGUACGCUGAGGCAGAGAACACCAUUGAUCGCCUGCGUCUGGAAGCCAAGGACCGAUCUAUAGAGAACCCACAGCCCAGGCCCAGACAUUGUCAGCACAUCACAGGCAGAGCAGUGAACCUGUACUCUGACCCACCAAAGCCCGGCUACUUGGUGCAGUCAGGACCGAACCAGAACACUUUAAAGUUCAUGAUGCUGGACUUUCCCCAGGCUCAGAGAGCAGAGAACAACUCGGCCUCUCUUCAUCCAAACGGACACAGCACUCCUCAGAGAAGUCCAUUGGUCUGUCCUUCCACAAAAAGCCCAGACCAGCAGGUGGGACAGCAACUGGCCAACAUUCUCUACAAUCAGGCCGACAAGUUCCUCCAUCAGCUGCAGACUUUCGAGGAUCUCUUAAAGGGCAAAAAACUCAAACCUUUUGAACAGAUGAAGGGCCUUUCGCAGCUUGCUGAGGGGCUCGACUCUUUAGAAAGGGGCUACCUGUUGGCAAGGGACGAGCACAAGCUACUGCUGCAGCGCGGGGCAGAAAAUUGA